CAGUUCAGUUCUCCAUCAGGGAAUAUGGACCCUCCGAUGAACACGUGGUCAUGUCGCUCUUUCGCGACGGGGUUAUUGAGCACGUGUACCCGGCUUUCUUCAAGACCCUGAGCCACCCAGACCAUGUUGGCGUUGCUCUGAGCAUCUGCAUGGCCGGCUAUGUGUUGGGAGGCAGCUCCUACUUCCAAGCUUUACUCUUUGGCAGUGCGUGGGCCGGCCUCCUUUAUUACUGCUGCCACCAGAUCUACCAAGGCUACCUGACCAGGAGGCUGAGCACAGAUUUGUCCGACAUUCGAGCCAACUACCUGGAAAACCCAGAUAACGGUUUCUGGGUGGCAGAGGUAGACGUAGACGGCCAGCUCAAGGUGGUGGGGAUGGUGGCGGUGAAGGGGGAAAGGGCAACAGAGGAAGAGGAGAGGUUUGAUGAGUGGAACGGAGGAGCGAUGGGAGGAGGAUCAGAGGUCGUUCAAGAUGCCGGUGAUGGGAGUUUCGGCGAGUUGUCCCACAUGGUCGUGGUGUUCCCGUGGCGACGCAAAAACCUCGCUUCACAGCUGACGAGGAAGGCCCUUGAUUUCUGCAAAGAGCGAGGAUACGGCCGGCUGGUAGUGGAUGGCAGCUCGCCACAGACGGCCGCCAUUGCCCUGUACCAAAAGUUUGGUUUUGUUCAAACGUCAUCCCACAGUAUCACACAUGCCAAUCGCUGGAUCUCCAAACUGGCCAGAGUAAAUGUGAUGCGAAUGGAGAAGCAUAUCUAAUGGACUUACAACCUUGGCCCCUGAUACCACAGCUUAUGUACAUUAAGAUUAUUUCAGUUCAUUUAUGCUUCGUUUCAUUUAACGCAUACAUCGCUCAGUUGUGUGAUACUCAAGCAAUCAUGUAUACAGCUAGCUAGCUAUCACGGCAGUUUGAAAAAGAUGCAUUAAAUGUCAUGUUUUUUCCACAAAGCAGCUUUAAUGAUCUCAGUAUUUCUUCUUUCCUCGAUGUAUUAUGCACCCCUGACAGUCCAUUGCCCUGAAAUAUUGAAACAAUUAAUCAACUUCUCUGUGUAGUCAGAUUAUUUCAUAAUUUGCAAAUGGGGGAACAAUGCAUCUCAAUAAGGUAUUUUACUAAACCAAUUAUUGGACAUUAAACAGAACAAACUCAAUUACCGAUUGUUCUCCUGUCCACUAAGGAAUCUAA